AUGGGAGCAAACGUUGUCGACUAUUUACAGGCAACACGAGACAAUCCUUGUUGGGGAGAAAACGGUGCUGGCGUCAACUGUGUCGAUGCUCAAGGACAAUGGAUCCUCUAUGGAAUCAUCAACCGUGGAAGUUUCCUUUGUGCAGGCAAGUAUGCCACGAGCACAAUGAUACAGUCUCAUCUGGACUGGAUCAAGAAAACCAUUGAGGCCAAGGAGUUGGCCUGA